UAAAUAUAAAUAUCAUUUAGAUCUCUCAAAUUAAUAAAACAUCUCUUUGAUGUUGUUCACAGUUUUAGCUGAAAAUUCUUCGAAAGACACGUGGCUCCCUCUUUCCUUCGCGCUUGGCAUUCGCUACUCUCUUCCGGUUCAGUCUUUUCUGGAGAUAGUCCGUAAACAUGGCGAACCCUAUAUCGAAGAAGAGGAAGUUUGUGGGAGAUGGUGUCUUUAAAGCGGAGCUAAACGAGUUUCUUACUCGGGAGCUUGCAGAAGAUGGAUACUCCGGUGUUGAGGUGCGUGUUACACCAUCACGCACGGAAAUUAUUAUUAUGGCUACACGGACGCAGAACGUACUGGGCGAAAAAGGUCGGCGAAUCCGUGAACUCACAUCUGUAGUGCAGAAGAGAUUCAAUUUUGCCGAACAUUCCUUGGAAUUGUAUGCUGAGAAAGUGGCAACGAGAGGCUUGUGUGCUAUAGCUCAAGCGGAGUCUUUGAGAUACAAAUUGAUUGGAGGUUUGGCUGUGAGGAGGGCAUGUUAUGGUGUGUUGCGAUUUAUUAUGGAAAGUGGUGCAAAAGGCUGUGAAGUUGUUGUUUCUGGUAAACUGAGAGGUCAGAGAGCAAAAUCAAUGAAAUUUGUAGAUGGUUUGAUGAUUCACAGUGGAGAGCCCUCUAAUGACUAUGUGGACACUGCUACUCGUCAUGUCUUGCUGCGACAAGGUGUGUUGGGAAUUAAAGUGAAAAUCAUGCUGCCGUGGGAUCCUAAUGGGAAAACUGGACCUAAGAAGCCACUCCCUGACAAUGUGUCUGUGGUGGAACCCAAGGAGGAAAUUUUGCCAACUGUUCCCAUUAGUGAUGUGAAAGCUGCAAAACCUGAAGUGCCUCCAGUUGCACUUCAGGGAUUGUAAUUCUGUCAUGGUUGAUAAUAUCAAUAAAUAAAUUUAUCUAUGAUGAGUUUGAUUAAUUUACCCAAUAUAAAGGCUCCUUGAGUGAUAGCACUUGUAUCUUUGGUUGGAAAGCUUUCCUUUUUGUCUCUUUCCAACUAUUUAGAAUAUUAAUGCUUUAGGUACCUCUUUACUCCAAUGUGAUCAGUUUAGUUUUGUGAGUAAAGUAGUAAUACUAACUUUCAGCUUUUGAGCUGUGGGAUUUUACAAAUGGUGAAUUGCAAAUAUUUGUGUAAAGUAGUUUUCAUUGUUGGAUUCCAGUGUAACUCAUUAUAGUUAACAAUUUUUUCUGAAAUAUAUACCACAUUCAGGUAUUGGAAAUUGUUUGUAGUAGAGCAGGCCUGUACAACGUGUGUACACGAGAGGCAAGAGGUGUGGAAAGACAGCUUUGGGAGGAGGAGAGAAACUAGAGCUGGGUUGACGCAGCACAUAGAUUGAAUUCCUGAACAUCUAAUGCCAUCAUCCAUGCUGUGCAAUUACUUGCCUACUUAUUAAAUGGGCAGUCUACCGUAUUUCUAGCUACAAGG